GAACUUGGAGCGUCGCGUCUUAAAAUCCGCUCACUAGAGGACGAGAAACCGGCAAAGUCGAGAGCAAACAAAGAACCUAUCGGUGUUCCCAGGUUUUAUAAGGGUUUUAGGAUUUCGAGACCUCAGUGAGGUUUUAGCUUCUCAGGACGAACAAGGUUUCGGUCUUGUCUUCCGUCUUGGCUCGAUCAAAAAGCUCGAUUUCCAGUAGAAAAAUCGUAGCUUUGCUUGAGAAGAUCUUUUGUACUAUCUUAUUCGAGUGUUUUGGAGCUUGGAAGUGGCAUUUAUAAUGAUAAGUUUUGAGAACAAUAGUUGAGAUUUCUGAGCAAUGCAAAUGCUUUGCGGUGCUGCUCUCUACCAUUAAUUUUAUGCACAGUUCAUCAGAUGCAGCGAAAGAAGCCCGAUCAUCUUUUGUAGGUUUGCAGCUUAAAGGCCAUUCCUCAUAGCGCUUUAGAGCUCCAAAGCUUGGUAUUCUUCAAUUUUUCAUUCAGGAAUUGUUCUUGCUUAGCGAUCUUUAGAAAAGAAAGUUUAGGCUCGCGGCAUGAACACAUUGGGACCAAAAUGAGAGAAUACAUUUCAUCUGAUAACAGAACCAAGCCAGGCAAGUGUUCUGAGCACACUCACACUGUGAAGAUUCAUGGGAAAAACCAUGGAAAUCCUUUGAAGCCCAAGUCCAGUUCCUUAUGGGGAUCCCAAAUUGUGAAAGGCUUCACAAGUGAUAAGAAAACCAAACAGCAGGCAUCAAUUCCUAAUAAGAAGCCACCACUUGCUUGCCCAGAAAUCUCGAAUCAAAAGAAUCAAUUGCCAAAUCAUUCUCGUGUUAAGCGAUCUUUUAUUGGUGAUUUUCCAUGCUCGGCUAAUGCUGCUCAAGUUCAUCCCCAUGUGUAUGAUUGCCAUCGUAUAAAGUCCCCUGCAUCCCAUGAUCUAUUUCUUGAGCUAGAUCACCUCAGAGAACUACUAAGAGAGUCUAAGGAAAGAGAAUUGGUACUACAGUCUGAGCUACUGCAUUUUAAGGAAAGCCCAAUAGUUUUGGAGUUUGAAAAGGAACUUGAUAUCAAGAGGAAUGAAAUUGAGAAUCUUACCGGCAGGGUCAGUUCUCUAGAAGCUGAAAGAACAAACCUUUUGGAGCAAGUGGCCUCUCUAUCCUCUACAAUAGAACAGCAUGAAGAAAAUUCAAGGCCUGAAGGGAGCUUGAACCCAACAUCUGAUCUAAAUGCAGAAAGAAAGACAUCUUAUUCAAGUUUAGAGAUUGAAGUUCUUGAACUACGUCGUCUGAACAAGGAGCUCCAGCUUCAAAAGAGAAAUCUAGCAUUCAGGCUUUCUUCAGCUGAAUCACAACUUGCGGCUCUUGCAAAAGUUACAGAGAGUGACAUAGUGGCAAAAGUUCAGGCAGAGGCAUCAGUAUUACGGCACACAAAUGAAAAUCUAAGCAAACAAGUUGAAGGUCUGCAAAUGAGUAGGCUGACUGAGGUUGAGGAACUUGCUUACCUCCGAUGGGUGAACUCAUGCUUACGCCGUGAACUAAGUAACUCAGACAAAGCAUCAAGGGAGAUUGUAGGUUUAGAUGAUGACUUUAGUUAUGAGAACACGGAGAGAAAUGUUGAUCAUAAAAAUUUAUCAUAUCGUCAGAGCACAUCUGUUCCCAGUGAAAUAUGCAGCUUGAAGAACGAUGGUCUUGUGAAAAAACUAAUGAACUGGCCCCAAAGUGAUGGAGAUUGCCGAAAUUUAGAAUGUCAAGGUAUCCUAGAUAAAGACUGGAUAGAAGCCCAAGAAGGUAGAAGCCCUCGGAGAAGACAUUCUAUCAGUGGACCAAGGGGAUGUGCACAAGAGCUGACCAUUAACAAAAGGCGACAAUCUGAUGGUUUUAUUUGUCCUAAAGAAUUGGAUACUGAAGAAGCAGCGGAUGGAGAUAACUGUGUGGUGAGGGAUAACCUUCAGCUAAUGGUUCAGAAAUAUAAUUUAGGUGGUAUUCAAAGUCCAAGAUUAUGUAUAAGCAAACCAGAGCCAUCCAAGGUUGCAGCUUUGGAUGUUGAGAAGAGGGCACUGCGAAUUCCUAAUCCUCCUCCAAGGCCUUCUACUUCUGUUGCAGAUAUAGAUAAGACAAAUGGGUCAGCUCCAAUUCCACCACCUCCACCACCACCCCCACCUCCUCCCCCCAAGUUCUCAAAGAGAGGCACAGGUGUGAUGCAGAGAGCACCUCAGGUGGCUGAGUUAUACCAUUCACUUAUGAAGAGAGACUCACGAAAAGAUUCUAUUACUGGUGGAAUUUGUGAUGUUCCCAAUGUUGCAGAUGUUCGUAGCAGCAUGAUUGGUGAAAUUGAGAACCGUUCUUCUCAUUUGCUAGCUAUAAAGGCAGAUGUUGAGACUCAAGGUGAAUUUGUGAAGUCUCUAAUAAAGGAGGUGAACGAUGCUGCCUAUCGUGACAUUGAGGAUGUAGUUGCAUUUAUAAACUGGCUUGAUGAUGAACUUGGCUUUCUUGUGGAUGAGAGGGCAGUGUUAAAGCACUUUGAUUGGCCAGAGAAGAAAGCUGACACUCUACGGGAAGCAGCAUUCGGAUACCGUGAUCUGAAGAAAUUGGAAUCUGAAGUUUCAAAUUAUGAGGAUGAUCCUCGUCUUCCUUGCGAUGUAGCAUUGAAGAAAAUGGUCGUGCUAUCUGAAAAAAUGGAGAGAACUGUUUAUAACCUUCUUCGCACAAGAGAUGUGAUGGUGCGCCACUGCAAGGAGUUCCAAAUUCCAACAGACUGGAUGCUUGAUAGUGGUAUCAUUAGCAAGAUAAAAUUUGCAUCAGUUAGGUUGGCAAAGAAAUACAUGAAAAGAGUAGCAAUGGAGCUUCAAUCUAAGGGAGCAUCAGAUAAAGAUCCUGCUUUGGACUAUAUGCUACUUCAGGGAGUGAGAUUUGCUUUUAGAAUUCAUCAGUUUGCUGGAGGAUUUGAUGGAGAGACUAUGUAUGCCUUCGAGGAGCUGCGGAACCUUGCACAUGUCAGAAAUAAGGCAUAGAACAACGAAGGAAACGGGGGAAAACUAUAUAUUACUGGCUUACCUUCUCAGUAAGCAUCAUAUAGAAUCAAAUAUAUGGCAACAUUACCAAGUUCUUUGUAUGUUUGUGGUGUGGAGUUCCAAGGGUUGUUUGUGCAAACCGUUUGUCGUUGCUGUUCUCCAAAGGAAAAACCUUACUGCACUUGGAACUCCAUGUUGAAACAUUUUGUGUGGCUAUCAUAAAUACUUCUGUA